AUGGACUCAACGGCCACAAGGCGACACAAUCACUUGUUCCAUGGUUUCCACAAUCGAACAAUAACACGUCGUACCCAGCUUGCGACAAGAACUUCGCGUGCUUCAAGAAAGCGCGGCGAUCUCGGCCUGCUCCGUGAACGCAGACUACAGCUACGGGUGAGGGAUUGCCAAAGACAGCACCAUUGGUCAUCUCCCCAUCGCCAAUAUCUUCCGCUUCUUCACUUUGCGGGAAAAGACCAUUGGAGCGGCCUGACAGGGACAAGCAAGACGGAAUAA